UGGGUUUGAACCUCGUCUGGCCAGCCCACGGGGGCGGGUCCGAAUCACAGUCGGAAUCUCCUCCUAUCCCUGGAGAGGAGAGGCUGCUGCCAGAGGAGAAGCGGAGCGGCUCUCGGUCGCUCUGGAUGCCGCCAGGAUGGCCGAACCAGCCCCCAGCCAGCCGUACUUCCGAUCAGACAGCAGCGACUCCGCCGCCCACAUGCUGGGCGACGAGCGACGGGCCGAGAAGCGCCGUCGGAAGAAGCGCUGCAGCCCGGUCUGGCUGGCCGUGGCCGCGAUGGGCAUCCUGGCCCUGCAAAUCGCCUCCACCACGGGCCUCUUUGUCUACUUCACGAUGUCCAUCUCCAAGCUCAAGGCCCAGGCCCAAGGCAGCUCCAAGGAGGGACACUGCCUCCUGCUCCUCAGCCGAAUGCAGGAACUCUCGGACCUGGACGAGUUGAUCGGCAACCAGUCGUGCCUCAAGCUGGCCAGUAACAUCAAGGCCUACAUCGCUAUGGUGACAGAGAACGUUAUUCGGAGGAGUGCUCAGACUGAUACCUCAAAAAAGCCCACCAAUUCUUCUGGCGGGCAACUGGUUAUCAGGCCUCCAGGCAGCAAACCGUCUGCACACCUCACGCUCAGAGGGUGGAACCCAUCUCAGGCAGGACGUCCGGGGCUCUUUGGGGAGCUGCCUCAGUCCUGUCAGCUCCCAAUUCCCUACUGGGCCAGCAGAACCAUGCAUUCACAUCUGCAGAACCUCACCUACCGGGAUGGCAAGCUGCAUGUGAGCCAGCCAGGCAAAUACUACAUCUAUGCCCAGAUCUACUUCCGCUACCCCACAGAAGGAAUGAAUUCCCAGGCCCUGGGGCAUCAGCUGGUACAAUGCAUCAACCUCCAGAGCAACAGUGGGCAGAGCAUCACACUGCUGAAAGGCGUGGGCACCAAGUGCUGGGCACAGGGUGCUACUUACGGGCUGCAUGCUCUUUACCAAGGGGGCCUCUUCGACCUCAAAGCUGGUGACAGGCUCUUUGUGUCGGUCUCCACGCUGGACAUCAACUACAAUGAUGAGGAAGGCAGCUAUUUUGGAGCCUUCCGCCUUGACGAGUGAAGCAAGUGAAACAUUUUGCAGUUCAGUCUCCUGCUGGAAGGCACAAGCUGAAAUGCUGGGCGAAUGUAUAGGUAUCUGAGCCAGAUGCACUGGCUCAACUCAACAAUGCCCUGUGUCAGGGCUCCUGCUUACUGCUGCAGCAUAACUUUGCAAGCUCAGCAUCUCAUAAUUUUCUCCACUGUUAGUGGCUCUUGCCGAGAUUGCUCCCCAGAGGCAAGAGCCAGGAACUGAGGCCUCUUGAGACUCAAAAUUUCCCUUCCUUCUGUCAAGGGAACAGGGUCCUCUGGAGAAGAGGGGACCAUGAGAGAAUCUUGCAAUCUGCGGCCCCUGGGGCCAGAACUCCUUCUUGUUGCAUGUCUGUUCACACAGGCCCAGUGGAAAAGAGGCACUGCUGAAGUAGACUAGUGUACAUUCUGCCAAGUGGCUAGAACUGGUGAAAUAAGAGGGAACUCCAAAAACCUUACAGACAUACAGAGGGAUACUAUAUGGCCCCGUCAGUGUUUAGCUGGUAGGUUUCGAGGCAGGCUGAUGCAUGAAUUGAGGGCACAGAAAAACAGGACAUCACACUGAUUCUUUCAAGUCUUGCCUACAUGUGAUUUCUGUUAUACUAAUCCAGACCUUUCCAGAGCGGUUUACUUUAAAAUGUGAAACUCAUCUCCCUAUUGCACUGAGAUCAGUUCCUGAAGAUCAGCCCACUUUGGGUUACUCACAUAAGUGACCUUCUGACUGCUCUCCUGGCAUUCAGACAAGAAUCCUGCUGCUCCGCUUGCUUCAAUGAAAACAGAAAAUUCACUGCGUCACUGCAUUUGCCCAAAUGUAGGUCAGUGUGUCACCCGUUCGCAGAGCCUGUAGACAUCUCAGAGAUAGGGGCAUGUGAAGGGAAAAUUGAUGGGAAAUGCCAGUUUAAUUUGGAUCCAGCUCUAUCGUUGUCAACAUAGUCAGGUAUUCUGAUUUUAUAUGGAAGGGGGCAGUCCACAGCAACUAAACAACGCUGACAGAAGACUAGGAGAAAGUCUAGCGUCACGGAAGGAAUCAGGAAGAUUUGCAGGUCUGCAGAAAAUAUCAGGUAACAUUUCCUCCUUCGAGGAGGUUGAUCGAAACUGUGAAUCACAUUGGAAAAAGGGACAUUUGUCACUCUGAGAUUGUUCAGAGUCAAGAGUUUUUUUGCAAGUGUAUACAUCAUCCUAGCUGGGAGUGCUCAUUGUGAGAACUGGCCCAUGUUGUAGAAAGAGAGGAAACCAUGGCUCUAAUCCAGCAAUGGCCACUUCUACUCUCUUGCCAUCCCAGCAGCCCUUUUGUUGCAGCUCUUGCCACGCAGAGGCGGGUUCCACAUGGGCUAAAAACAGCGGUGUGAAAAUGGUGUAAAAGUGUUUAAAACGGUGUAAAGGGGUUUAUACCGUUUUCACACCACUGUUUUUGGCCGAUGCAGAAUCUGCCAGAACCUGAUCUGACAUCAACCCACUUCACCAGCCCCACAGUGAGGAUGCUUCCCCACUAAGAGAUGGACUUCCUGUAGUUUCUCUGCUCCCAGAUAUGCUUACCUACAGGUCCCUCCUUCCCCUCUGCUGAACUACUGGGGAGGGAACCAACUCUGAUUUUUCCUUGGCAGAUUAGCUCCAUAAGUCGAUUCAAGAGGAAGAAAUGACAGCCAGGGAGAGAGCAACUCCCCCAUGUUAAAUCUUACAGCAGCCAUGCUGAAGCCUUCUGAAUUUGUGCUAGGUUACCAGUGUUUUCAAGGCCUUGCUCAUGUGUUUUUAGCAGCUACAAAGACUAAUCCUUUUCCUGCUUUUUUUCAGCGGGGGGAAUGUCCUGCUUGCUAAAUUCUGUGUUCUGGGUGCCAUUAAAGCAGAGGGGCCAGGCCCUCCCCAAUUCUCACCUCGGUUUGCCUCUGAACAAACCUGAGCCCUUUGUUCUUUUAGAGGCAGCCACCACUGCACUGCAUUCUUUCCACUGCUAGAUUCUCUAGGCUCUCACCAUACAAAUGACCUGUAUUGUCACCCCUAAACCAAAUCCUGGGCUAGCCUAGUAAAUUAAACCCAAGAUCUGUUCUCGUCCCAAGACAAGCCUUGGGUGCCUCUGCAGGUUUUCCUUGUAGCUUGGCUGUAGAGCUGAACCCCCCAGGAAGUUGUCCUUACCAUUUCAGCCUUCCUGUAGCGGUUGUCCCUGGCUCUCUUACAUUUCACAGAUGGGUCCAUCUUGGUGGUGCCCAAGCGAAUUAAAGUCCCUAGAUCAGGGGUAUCCAACUGUGGCACUUCAGAUGUUCAUGGACUGCAAUUC